AUGGCCGCCGCCGGUUCCUCCGCUGCCCUCCAGGCUCCAGUCUCCCUCAACGACAAGCGGCGGCCAUGGGCAGCGGUGUCGACGGCUACCGGGCAGCGGGGGACUGCGGGGUGUGCGCAAUCUGCCUCGAACAGAUCCCGCUCCAAGAGACGGCGCUUGUCAAGGGUUGCGACCACGCCUACUGCAACCGCCGCCGUCCUCCCGGCGCUCCGCCGAAAACUCCGCCGCAACGGCCGCCACCUCCCGCGCGCGCCCCGCCUCGCCCAGCUCCACUGGAACUUCCCCGCGCACCUCGCCCAGCUCGCCGCGCCGCGCCGCUACGACCUCGUCGUCGCCGCCGAUGUUGUCUACGUCCAGGAAUCAGUGCCGCACCUCGUCGCCACCAUGGACGCGCUCGCCGACGCCGAGCACGGCGUCGUGCUCCUCGGGUACCAGAUUCGGUCCCCCGAGGCGCACCAGGCCUUCUCGGACGCAGUGCCUGCCGCCUUCCCUGUAAUCGAGAAGGUGCCGCGAGAGCACCUCGACCAAGAGUACGCCUUCGAGGAAUCCGACGUGUUCGUGCUCCGUAGGAGGCCGCGGCAGUGA